AUGGACUUCCACGUGGUUUCGAAAGUGGACAACAAUAUUCAUGAAUCUUUUUCCUUGGACAGAUCGUCCUAUCCGGAGCCUAAGGAAUUAUCGCCUGAUUCUGCGCGUGUCCAGCCAGUCGUUAUCAGUCUGACGUCCAACAACCUGAGCUAUGCGCGCUUUGGUGAUUUCCUCCAUUGGUGGGAUGCAUACCCAGUCCCCGCAACAGCCCCAGCUCCCUACAAUGACAAAACCAAAUGGGGCAUCGUUCCAGCCUGGGGCUAUGGGAUCGUGACUGAAUCGACCAUCAACUCUCUAAAGCCAGGAACUCUUCUCUUCGGAUUCUGGCCAACAUCGUCUGCUCCGGUCGACUUGAAGCUUUCUCCCUCUGAGCCCAGCGGAAACUGGGUUGAAAUCUCCGAGCACCGCAAGCUACAAAUGUCGAUUUAUAACGAGUACAAAGAAACAGGCCACUACGACCUGCCAACCUCCGGUACGGUCGACUGGCCAAAAGAGCAAUUGGAUAACAUGGCCUGGACGGCCCUUCUUGGCACAGUCUGGCAGACAGGAUACCUACUCAACAAGUAUAGCUUCACCACAAACCCAGAAGUCGACCCUAACAUCGGUCCUAUGGGCGCGUCAACGCCGUGGUCAAAGGAAGAUGCGGAUCUUUCCGAGGCAGUCCUGGUGAAUUUAUCAGCAUCCGGUAAAACGGCACGAGGCUUUGCCUGGCAGGUUCUCAACAAACGAUCCCGCGGUGAUGGACCUUUGGGAUUUUUGCAGAUUACGCAGGCUCCAGAGACGAUUGGCGAGGUUGCAAAGAGGUCGGCUCAGAAUUCUGGUACUCCUACCAAGGCGUCUGGAUACUCUGAUAUCGCAGGUGGAGUGGAAUGGGCGGCAGGUUUGAAGCCGAAGAAGCUGGUUAUUAUCGACUUUGGGGCCAGAGAUAAUGCGGUGAAAAAGCUGGUUGAAUCGGUAAACGAGUCACCGGAGCUGAAGGAAGUGAAAACUGUUAUCAUCCAUGUUGGAAGUGAACAAAAGGUCUACUCCAAAGAAGAAAUGAUGGCAUAUCUUCAAGAUAUGCAGAUGCUCGGCAAAGUGCGCUGUAACACGGCAGACAUUCUCGACGCUGUCGUUGCCUCUAUCGGCAGACAAGCCUACCAAGAUGCCGUCCAGUCGAAUUGGAAUGAAUGGAGUCAGGAAAGAGAAAACAAUAUCCCUGACAUGAAGCUCACUUGGAGUGACAGUGUCUUUGGAGAACAUGGCAUCCAUGGAGGCUGGGAUCGAGUUACUACGGGGUCUCUUGCGCCCCAUGAGUGUUUGGUUUUUAAAUUCCGGUAG